AUGGUCUCCACUCGAUCCUCGAUUCUUCUCGUCACAGUCACCUCCAUGCUCGCACUCCACGGACAAGCCAACGCCACGAACUGUGACGCAGACAACUACUCCACAGUCGCCGCUGCCGUGCAGACGCUUCACGCCAACUGUGCCAGUUGGGCUGCCUACCUCUCCAGCGGAGGCGUCUGGACCUGCGACUCCACGUGCCACGACGCUGUGUCCGAUCUGGUCGACACCUUGCCGGACUGCACGUUCGGUGGUCCGUAUGGUCAGAACUAUAAGGAAGUAGUGCAGGGUAUGGUGGAGACGUGCGGGGGUAAGGUGGCGUCCACGUCCGACUCGACGACGUCUUCGAGCUCCGCCACGGCCUCAAGCGCAAGUACACUGGUCAUCAGCACGACUACUGCCGUGGCGCUGGUCGCGUUGCGUACCUUGUUAUAA